AUGUCGGCAGGCAUGCCGAGGGCGAGCACAAUGGCGACGCGCUGCAAUUCACCACCGGACAGGUUCUUGACCUCCUGGUCGAUGAAGUCGUCCAGCUUGAGGGGUUUGACGACGUCGGUCUGGAACUGGGGCGACAGGAAGGCGGCCUUGAUCUUCUUGAAGAAGAGCUGGCGGACGGUGCCCUCGAACUUGGGGGUGAUGGUCUGCGGCUUCAUGCUGAUGCGCAUCUCGGGCAUCUGGGACUUGGUGUCGGGCUUGAGGGCGCCGGCGAGCAGGCGACAGAAGGUGGUCUUGCCGGUGCCGUUCUCGCCCAUCAUGACGAUGAUUUCCGAGUCGGUGAACUCGCCGGCGUCGAUGCGCAGACGGAAGUUGCCGAGCAUCUUCUCCAUCUUGGGGUACUUGAAGGCGCGGGACCUGUCGAGGGCGUAUUCUUCGGUUCCUUCGGCGAUACGGAAGGUCAACGACUCCUCGCGGAAACGCAGGUUCUCGGUGGGGAUGUGGCCGUCGAGGAAGAUGUUGAUGCCCUCGCGGACCGACUGCGGGAGGGUGACGACGCCGUAG